AUGCCUGGUUUUUUAGAUCCUGCAGACCUACUGGCUGCUGGUUGGAGGAAACGCAAACGAGAUCAUGAAGACUCUACAACCUUGGUUCGGCCAUCAACAUUUGGACCGUGUCGAGUAGAUCGUUCCGACCGGGAUAACAAUUGUUCACCCCUAUCCCGACAUCAGGAGACUGGCGACCUCUCCUUCCGGCCGCGCUGUUUACCUCGCAAGCGCCGACACAUUCAGACCCCCUAUAUCACAUUUCCUACCCAUCAACAAUCCUCCCUCCUCUCACCCAAUGUAUACGCCCCCGCCCAAGAUUCCUACUCUCCACCCGUGUCCCCCAGGACCAUCGUCCCUAUUACCUAUCCUACUUCGCCCUCCGCGCUUCGUCCCUGUCACAUCUGCCACCGUCGUCCCACAACACGACAAGUCCUAGAUGCAUAUGCAGACUGUGAUCUUUGUGGUGAACGCGCAUGCUUCAUCUGUCUCCGACAAUGUGACGCGCUCGCCUGUCGUGGCACCAAGAUAAACCCAAGCCCGGGUCAAUCAGAUAUCUACACCCACGAGAGGAUGUUCGAAGGCACGGAUUCUCGAAGAAAGAUCUGUUCAAGCUGCGCGGUGGAGGGAAUCACUGAGACCGGUACAGAAAUUGUCCAGUGUCUGGAUUGUGUCCGCGGUCAUUCGACUUGGCCGACUGGCGCUAUGGCACCUGGAUGGACAUUGGAUGCCAUGAACCAUGACCAUAUGGUUGGAUAA